GCUCGGGCAAAUGUACAACAUUGGCCGCGCGAUCGCGCUCUUCAUUGGGUGCUACGCUGCGCGGUGUGCCGAAGCGUCGUACAAACAUGCGUCGCUGCAACGAAGGCUGUACGCAGCUCUGACCAUGUACCUGCGCAUUCCCGCCCAAGUGGUCAUCUACGGCAGCUGGUUGCCCGUGCUAGUGUUCGUGCUCGCACAUCUGGUUGACUCGCCAUUUUUGUACUUUACCAUUUUCAUCGACCUCGCGACCAUCAACGGCACGUACUACCUCGACGCGCCAAAGCUCUACAAGUUCUCGAUCUUGCUCACGUGCCAUAUGCGCAACGUGUGGCUGCUCAGCCUCGUCACCAAGAUGGUACUGCUCAUGCGGGACCCGCGGCACCCACACCGCAUCCUUGGCGUCCGCGGCUACCUCCUCCCGUUCGUGUCGUUCUUUUCGAUUUUGUUUGAGAUUCGCCUCAAAGCGCUGCGCAACACGGACCUCGUGACGGUGCUGCCAUUUGCCCCAAGUGUGUCGACGCAGCUUGUCCGCGGCUUGCACUCGGUGCCGAGCAACUACCGCUACUGGGGCGUCUACUCGGACAUCAAGACGCUCUCGCUGUCAUGUGUCGCCACCUAUUUUCUCGGACGUCUUUUGCUGCAGCAAGAUCUGGUGUUCGAGACCCAUGUCCCGUACACGCUGCUGCGGCACUGCAACCGCACCAUGUUCAGCACCGCGUGGCACUCGCCACUCGAGUCCCGACCGACGUCGCUCCGACGCGUGCACUCGCAAGCCGACCUCACGUCGACGCGGCUCUCGCGCAACCGGCUCAUGCACGUGACGUGGAUGACCGACCCGAUCCAGUACCUCUGCCUCCUUUGGAACCAACCAAUCGUGUACGUCUACAAGCCCAAGCAUUCCGACGCCGUCGUGCACCAUGUUCUGUCGCCGCGCGAGCUCAAGACCCAAGACUCGAUGCUGCACGCGACACUCGAGUACGUCGGCGAAGCCUUCCUCCUCGACCUGCCCUGGGCCCAACGCAUCCAGUGCUACUGA